UUCGAAACGGCGGAGCUUCGCUGGCCGUGCCAUGACCCAGUCGGUGGUGGUGCAGGUGGGGCAGUGCGGGAACCAGGUGGGCUGCCGGUUUUGGGACCUGGCGCUGCGGGAACACGCCGCCGUCAACAAGGUUCCUGUGCCGUUUAACUAGUCGUGAGUGUAACUAUCCGGAGACCUUGAUAAGCCGGAGGGCUGGGUAAUCACCAACCGUAUGAAGUUCAACGAGGGAAAGUGCUGGAUUCCGGACGUGGGAUGGGACAACCUCAGAUGUACGUAUAGACUGAGGAAUGAGCAAUGCCACGGAAAGGGACCUGGGGGUCCUGGUGGAUGGCAAGUUGGAUAUGAGUCAGCAGUGCCCUGGUAGCCAGGAGGGCCAGCCGUGUCCUAAGGGGGGCAUCAGGCAAAGCAUCGCCAGCUGGUCGAGGGAGGGGAUUGUCCCGCUCUGCUCUGCAUUGGUGCAGCCUCACCUUGAAUAUUGUGUGCAGUUUUGGGCACUGCAACAUAAAAAAGACAUUAGGCUGUUAGAGAGUGUCCAGAGGAGAGCCACGAGAUGGUGAAGGGUCUGCAGUGGAAGCCAAAUAAGGAGUGGCUGAGGUCAUUAGGUCUGUUCAGCCUGGAGAAGAGGAGACUGAAGGGAGACCUCAUUGCAGUCUACAACUUCCUCGUAAGACGAAAAGGCAAGGCAAGCACUCAUAUCUUCUUUCUGGUGACCAGCGAUAGGACCCAUGGGGAUGUCCUGAAGUUGUGUCAGGAGAGGUUUAGAUUGGCUAUUACACCCAGAGGGUGGCUGGGAACUGGAACAGGCUCCCCAGAGAAGUGGUCAUAGCAUCAAGCCUGACAGAAUUCAAGAAGCAUUUGGAUGAUACUGUCAGGCACAUGGUGAGACUCUUGGAGAGUCCUGUGUAGAGCUGAGUUGGACUUGAUGAUCCUUGUAGGUCUCUUCCAGCUCAGAAUGUUCUGUGAUUCUAUGAUCCCUAAUUCCAGUCAACUUUCUCCAGCCUUUCCACCUUGAAAAGCCCAGGAUGUCUCCCUAAAGCCAGGCAUUACCAGGUUUAAGGCACUUAGUGGCAAGAGAAGUCUGUUUAGUGUAGGUUCUUUGCCACUGGCAGUAAAGCAGAAGGGCAGCCCCCCAAAUUCCACUGUUGUUCUCCAUUUUAGCUCAUGCCACAUACUUGCCAUACAGCUGUGCUAAAGAAAAUUGCACUGAAGAGGGCAUAGGAUUGUGCUGACUACCCUGAACAAAAUCACAUUUUCCUUGCUGUGACUAUAAAGAUACUGUUUCCUGGUUAACACAGUAUAUUAACAGAUAAUAAUGAGGAGUCUUCAAUGCCUUCUUUAGAAGCAACUGUAAAAACACAGUGGAUGAAGUUCAUGUUGCGUUCAGAGAGUCUUCUGGUUGUAGUGUAGUACAAAAGAGUGUCUUCCAAAUUCUCCGUCACCAGGUCUUGAUCGUGGUAGCAAUCUGUAAAUAAUAAUGUGAAAGUAUUUAAACUUGCUAGGUCUCUUUAGUUUUAUGGCUGGGUAAGUAAUUUGCGUGCUGUCUCUCAGCAGGGAGUUCUGGAAUCACUGAUGCAGUGUGAUGUGCUUUCCUUUUCAAAGAACUUCAUGGGCCUUAAGCCCACGAUGAACUGAGUGUUGUGUCAGUGAUGAACUGAGUCAGCUAAACAGCAGCUAUUAGAUUUAAUAAUUGCCUGGGGAUCUUCAGUAAGCUACUACAGUUGUCUAAUCUUGUGCUGAAAAAUUAAUUUUCUAGUUACGUCCUCCUGUCAGUUUUUAAUAACGAUGAUUUUUCAGUGAAAUGUUCUUUUUAGAUCUGACUAGAGCUAGCUGGAUUCAACAUAGAUGUUUACUCUGUUUCAAGCGGUGAAGUUUGACAAGUGACCUUCAGACGUCCCUUCCAACGUAAAUUAUUCUAUAAAAAAGCACUGAGAAUUUUUGAUGUUACGUAUCAUUUUGUGUUGUUUCCUUUUAGAAAGGAAUUUAUGAUGAAGCGUUAAGCAGUUUCUUUAGGAACAUAGAUACAAGGUAAGUUGUCUUAUCAAGAAGCUCAUGAGUGUAACACAGUGGAUCCACACUUCAAGUAUCUUCUCUUAACCUAAGUUAUAAUUUUCUUUGUUUCAAGUCAUAUUUAGUUUGUUCUAGGAAAAUAUUUUGCUUUUUUGUUUUCUUCUCAAAACGUAUCUUUACAUUUCUGGUUUAAGGAUACUUACUUCAGUAGUUAAAGAUGUUGAAAGUUUGGGUUAACCAAUUUAUAUCUUAAGAGCAUUCAGUCAUCUCUAAUCCGUCCAGUUAGAAAAAUCCUUGGAUUUGACCAACCUGUUUUUCUUCUAUGACAAGGUUACAGCACAGCAUGUGAUUUUAAUUAAAAUGGCUUUGAAAUACAAAUAGUUUUGUCUCAACUUUUACAACUUUGAAAGAACAAUGCAAAUGCAUUGGAAUUUAGGAUUACCAUUCCUUGUGGGUAUUUCCUGGAGUAACUUUUUUUUUUUUUAAACCCAGAAAAUUUGAUUGUAAAAAAAUGCCUAUAUUUCUGUACAAGCCUGGUGAAACCACCAAAUUUUUAACUGGCAGCUUGACUGCAAAAGAAUCAUCUGUUUUCUUUCUGAGCAACCUAGUCUAGUGGAAAGUGUCCCUGCCCAGGGCAGAGGGGUUGGAACUAGAUGGUCUUUAAAGCCCUUUCUAACCGAAACCAUUCCGGGAUUCUAGGAACGUGGAGAUUUUUUUUCAGCAAUUGAAUCCAAGUGAUUGAAGGAAUGGUCCGUCGCACAAAGACAAUAGGAAGAAAAAGAAGUGUUGUUUUGGGAAGGGUUUUUUUCCUCUUUGAGUUUUGUUAGUCCUUGAAGAGAAAUAGAACUUCUUUAGGUGUUUUUAGUCCUGCUAUAGUGGACUCAUAUAUGUGUUGUGUAGCCUAGAGUAAUCACAUAAGUACUGCUGUGAGCUGUUCAGCUAAUGAGAAGUGUCUGGAGAGCAGGUGGAAAGUCCUGGAGGAAUCCAGUACAGCCCCAUAUUCUCUUCCCCUCAUUUCUGAUGGGACUGUAGCAAAUUUUAGCUCAUGUUUUGGGAGUGUUUUUGUGGUAGAAUGUAGAAUAGUCUAAGACAUUCUUUAGUCUUGGCCAGCUCCCAAAUAAGGUAAAUAACUGAAGGGAAAAUUAGAUCCAUCUCCCAGUAUCCCUACCUUUUUUCCCCUGUGUUCAGUAUAGUUUGGCCAGACUGGAGUAUCUCAUCCUUUGAGUGCAGAAGCACCAGCAUUUGUUGUUGAGAAAAUAUGAUUGUAGCACAAUGCAUAGUCUCCUGCCUUGGCUCAGUACAACCAAUCCUGGGAAAGAAGUAGCUAUGCCCAUCCCAGCAUUAUUUCUGAACUGGCAAAUCUUCAUAGCAAAGUCAAGCUGUGCUCAGUGCAGUAACACAGGUUUCACACCUGAGCAGAAGUACAGCGUCGUAACAACCCCCACUAAAGAGCUCGUGGGGCUACUUGGUGCACUGUGUUCAAUUAUGUGAUGCGGAUACACAUAUCACAUGCUGAUAAAAGAUGAUCCUUUCAAGUUUUGGCGAACUGUAGAAUUCCUGCAGAGGCUGUAUCUGAGAGUAAGCGUUCAGUGCUUCUCUUUUCAGCUUCUUGAAGUAAUGCUUAGGCUGUUUCUGACUGAGAUCGUGUCCUGUAAUUGCAUUACUUCCGGGAAUUGUGAGGUCUUUCUUAGCAGUAUGUUCAGGGUGUUUCUGUUUGUUUUUUGUUGUCAUACUCUUCUGAACACAAAACACUAAAGAGAAAAUUUUAUUAUAGUAUGUAUUUUCUAUUAUGAAUCUGAGCUUAGAUCUUUCUGUUACUGGUUUUUUUUUUUUUCAGAAGUGGUGGUGAUGGCCCAGGUAUUUACAAAGGAAAAAUCUGCUCUUUAAAAGCACGAGCACUGUUGAUUGACAUGGAGGAGGGUGUGGUAAAUGAAAUUCUGCAGGGACCAUUGAGGGAUGUGUUUGAUAGCAAGCAGCUUAUCACAGAUGUUUCUGGUUCAGGAAACAACUGGGCUGUAGGUCAUAAGCUAUACGGCUAUCAGUACCGGGAAAACAUUGUGGAAAAGCUGAGGAAAACCGCAGAACACUGUGACUGUCUGCAGUGUUUCUUUAUAAUACAUUCCAUGGGAGGUGGGACAGGAUCUGGUCUUGGAACUUUUGUACUAAAUUUGCUUGAGGACGAAUUCCCAGAAGUAUAUAGAUUUGUUACUUCAGUUUAUCCCUCUGGUGAAGAUGAUGUUAUUACUUCUCCAUAUAACAGUGUUCUGGCUAUGAAGGAGCUUAAUGAACAUGCAGACUGUGUGUUACCAGUAGAGAAUGAAUCUCUGUUUGAUAUAGUUAAUAAAAUUAAUCAGAUGAUCAAUUCUGGGAAGCUGGGGUCAACCGUGAAGCAAAACAGCUUGGUAACAUCAAGUGCAGGCAGUGUAAAAACUCUCCAAGAGAAGCCAUUUGAUGCAAUGAAUAAUAUCGUAGCCAACUUGCUGCUGAACCUGACAAGUUCUGCUAGAUUUGAAGGUUCCCUAAACAUGGAUCUUAAUGAAAUCAGUAUGAAUUUGGUUCCAUUUCCUCGACUUCAUUAUUUGGUUUCAAGCCUGACUCCUCUGUAUACGUUGGCAGAUGUUAAUGUACCUUCUAGAAGGUUGGAUCAGAUGUUUUCAGAUGCAUUUAGUAGAGAUCAUCAGCUAAUUCAAGCAGAUCCAAAGCAUAGCCUCUACCUUGCCUGUGCACUUCUUGUUCGUGGAAAUGUGCAGGUUUCAGACCUUCGCCGAAACAUUGAAAGGUUAAAACCUUCUCUGCACUUUAUCUCCUGGAAUCAAGAGGGCUGGAAAACUGGUUUGUGUUCAGUACCUCCUGUGGGCCAUUCCCAUUCCCUUCUGGCUUUAGCAAACAACACCUGUGUAAAACCAACUUUCAUUGAACUCAAAGAGAGAUUUAUGAAGCUCUACAAGAAAAAGGCUCACCUUCACCAUUAUCUGCAAAUAGACGGGAUGGAGCAAAGCUGUUUUUCUGAAGCUGUGUCCUCUUUGUCUGACCUAAUAGAAGAGUACAAUGAACUGGAUGCUACAAAAGGUGGGCCUAGAACAGAUCCAUCAAGACUGAAGAUAGCUGUCUAAAGAAGGAAGAACUGCUUUUUAGUUUUUUUUGUUUGAAGAGAAUGAAACACUUCCCUAAACAUCCAGCCGCGUCAGUUAACCAGAAUGACUUGCAGCAUGCCUGGCUGUGGUAAUUCCAAAGUGGGACUUGAGGAGACAGUGCGGUGCCGGGACAACGGCUUCCUCAGCUCAAGAGUUGUCAUAUUAAGUGAUAAGCCCUGCCUGUAAAAAAGAUUUGACAGCACCUAAUUAUAGCUGAUAUCAGUAAGAGCAGUAAUCCUAGCUAUGGAGUAAAUUGACACACCAUAUGCUGUGAAGACAAGGAAGAGAAGUUUUAGCAGCCAAAAAUGUAAUUCUUUUCUCAGACUUUACAGUAAACUAAAGGUAGGCUUUGUUUCAAAGAAAGAUCACCAUUGCUAGAUUUGUUUUUAAUAAGCAACUACGAAGAGAAGAAAAGCUUAUGUAGUCUUUUCAAAGGUGAAAGCAAGUCUCUAAUGAAACUGCUUUCUUAAGCUUUACAGUGGACAUUUCAGAAUGCUCUAAGCUAUGUUCAUCAUUUUAAUAUUUUUGCUUCUCUGUUGUACUCAGCUAUAUUAGAGCAUUCUGAGUUGAUACCAAAAUUGGCAAUAUCAGAAAAUUCCACAAGAUAAAUUUUGUUUCAAGUAUUAUACUUGGAGUAUUAAAUAACAUAUUAUUUUAAUGAUUCAUAUUCAUGAAUGCUGAGUAGCACUUGAUAAUGAGACAAUACAGUAUACCUCUGAGCAAAACAUGCACUUAUAAUGAAGUUUUAUAUAUAUAUAUAUAAAGAAUUAUAACAACUGUUUGGAGAACAGAGUUUAUAGGCUUGAAAGAAUGCAAGUAAAAUAGAUGUUUUAAUAUUUAUAAUUAUCAGGGUAAGCAGCUUUUUAUAUUACAGUAAGAACUUUUACAAAAUAGAAUAUACAGCUAUUUCCAGUUGCUUACUAGCAUUGGCUGUCUUAAAACAGCAAGACUAGUGAACUGUUACAGAACAGAAUGGAUCAAUACAAUGAUUCUUGAAGCUUGAAGUCCUUCUAGCAGAGUUGGAGUGGGUGUAUAAGUAAGCACAAUUUCCAAUGUAUAUGUCCAGAAGCAUUCAAUAAAGCAUUGUGCUAGCAUUUGUUGAGAGCAUUUUUUAAGAAAAUGUUCUAAAAACAGUAGUUUCUUUGAAAUGUUGCAUCUUUUAUCUGCAGUUGCCUGCCCACUUUUUUAUUCCUUUAGAUGUGCACUGUUUAUAUUCACAACACUAGAGAAACACUAUCUGCUGCAAAAAGCAGUCUGAGUUUAAAGUUGAAUUCUUCAUUUUCAAACAGUAUUGAUGUGUUUUACUGUUGCAGAUACAUGGUAGAAAAGGUUAAUUUAAGAAUCAGCAAUGACAGAUGAAGUAUUACAGGGAAGUAUUUUUUUCUAAUAGGUUAGAACAUGUGGGGUUUUUUUUUGUGGGCAACACCUUGUUACAGUGAGACAUGAAGCUGUCUUGCUGUGCCUUUCUUAAUUACCAAAAAUUCUUGUUUGGACAGAACUACUGUAACGUGCAUCCUUCUCAAGAAUAUAUUUCCCCAUAUAAAAACAGUUACGUUAAAGAGAUGCAUUCUUGCUUGUGUUUUCCAGUGACAUUUAAAACAUGAGUGAGUAUUCACUUGUUAUUUCACUGCUUAUACUGUUUAUACUGCCAUAGUAUAAACACUGCUGUGGCAGAGGGUUAUGCUAACUCUUCAGGGUGUGAAUGUGCUUUUGCAUUCUCGAUGUGUUACAGUCAGUGGUGUAACUUGUCAUAGGACUUUGAGUUCAGAAAAUAUAUCUCCUGGAGCACUGCAAGUCCUCUGACAUACGCACGAUGUUAUCCACAUCAUCUUCCACUUGAAGAAGCCUUCGUUGGGACACUCAAACUGUACAGUGAUCAUUU